AUGGAUGGUGAACAAGGGGGCAGGAUGGACAAGCCAGGAGGCUCUCCUCACCUCAGAUUCCUUUCAAACCCAUUGAUGGGGGAUGUCCUGUCUGAUUGGUCACCUCUGCACGAUGCUGCCAUCCAUGGAUGCCUGCUCACCCUGAGGAACCUUAUCAGCCAGGGCUGGCCUGUAAACAUCAUCACAGCGGAUCAUGUGUCUCCGCUCCAUGAAGCGUGCCUGAGAGGUCAUUUACCUUGUGCAACUGUUUUACUAAGUCAUGGAGCUCAGGUGAACACCAUGUCUAUAGACUGGCGAACCCCUUUGUUUAAUGCCUGUGUGAAUGGCAGCCAGGACUGUGUGAAUCUGCUUCUGGAUCAUGGAGCCAUUCCUCAACCUGAGAGUGAUCUGGCCUCUCCCAUCCACGAGGCUGCAAAGAGAGGCCAUGUGAAAUGCAUCGAGUCCCUUGUAGCUCAUGGGGCCAAUAUUGACCAUAACAUCAGCCACCUGGGCAGUCCUCUCUAUGUGGCUUGUAAAAACCAGCAGAUAGCCUGUGCCACGAAGCUUCUGCAGGCAGGAGCAUCUGUGAAUGAAGGCAAAGGCUUGGAUUCUCCUCUUCAUGUAGUGGCCAAGAUGUGCAUUGGGGAGCUGGUGCAUCUGCUGAUGGACUUCGGAGCAAAUCCUCAAGCUAGGAAUGCUGAAGGAAAACGGCCUGUGGAUUUGGUGCCUCCGGACAGUCCUCUGAUCCAGAUCUUCUUGGAGAGAGAAGGACCCCAGUCUUUGAUGCAGUUAUGCCGCCUGCGGAUCCGGAAAUGCUUUGGCAUUUGGCAGCAUCAUAAGAUUACUGGACUCUUCCUCCCGGAAGACCUGAAGCGCUUCCUUUUGCACCUUUAA